AUGUUAGAAGAAACACAACGCAGAGGUGUACUGAUAGAAGAGCUUCUUUUACCGAAUCCACGUAGUGAAGUGUUAGAUUUAGAGAGACCUUCGACUGCCGAUGAUGAUACAAACGCCACGACUACCGUACAGCCAACAACCAACUCACGACAAAGCCACAAGAACCAGAAGAAGAUGCCGAAACUUGCUCUGCUUGAGCUUUUCAUCGACCGAAUUGUGAUGGAUGAUCAUCCCACAUUUGCCUUAGCAGAUCGUCUUUCUGCUCAACUGCGAGCUCUGUACACAGCGUACAGUCGAAUACAGCAGCUACAACCGUGGCAACUCUCAUUGCAGCGUCUGGAUGAUUUCUUCUUUCGCACCACUGAGCAACUAGCGCAAACGACAACGCCACGCAUUUUGGCAGCAAUUAAUCUGUCGACGAGCCAAGUGAUUCAGGAAGUUGAUCAACUGCUAACAGAUCUGGAAGCGCUAAAUCAACUUCACCAGCAGAUUCUAGGCAAGACGAAUGAGCUGCGAGAUGCUGUAAAUCGCUCUAGGUCCGUCAUUCCUCUUAAUAUCAAGCAAAGACAGCUCCAACAGCCUAUUGACUUAUCUCGCGUAGACGCCAUUUUAGAACUCGUGGGAUCUGGCACUGGAAACCAGAACGACGACGACAAAUCGCAACUGGCAAUUCAGAAAAUCUCCGAGCGCUUGGCCACAAUUUCUACUACAUCAGCUCACGUUUUGCAGACUGUUUUACAGCUUGAAAACACCAAAAGAGAUGCCCAGCCGGCCUAUAAUUCAUUUUGGAGCCCUCGGUUCUACGUUGUGGCUCGUGUGAACGGGAAAAUCGCUUGCACAACUAGAAUUCAGUCGUGGUCCCGCGGCGAAGCUCGUUUCUCCGAGAAGUUGUGCAUCACACUGCCAUUCUUUCCUUCGUCGAUCUGUACUGAAGUGUACGAACGUCGAAGACUUUUACGCGACGAACUCCUGUCGACAAAUGCAGUUCCAGUGGUCGUUCCAGGACAGCACGUUGCAAAGCCUGCUCCUUCUCGAUCACGCUCGUCAGUUUUGGAUGGAUGGGGAGACAAUAAUGAAGAUCACUUGGUGCCUGCAGCGAGUCUCACUCCUAGUGACGAGUGGUACCAGUUCAGCAGCACGACACCUAUCACACGGACGCAAUGGCAUCGUUCGUUCCACAACGCUCCUCUGUUUACCCACACAAGUCGACGUACUCAUGGAAGGCUUCAUCUUCGGGUAGCUUGGAUUUCUGACAUUGGUACACGUAGCACACAGAUUUGUUCGGAUGGUCCUGCCUAUCUUCCCCCCAAACGCCCUGAGACUGCUGGUGGACACGAAGCCUCGCCUUCCCCGGUUCAACUCGUCGGAAAGCUUUCAAAGCGCAACUCAACUUGUCUAUCGCAGUAUCUCGCCGACGCCGAUUUCAGUAGCGAGCGCGACUUUCUUCGUCUCGUUGAGCCUCAGAAGCUUUCACUCGAUCCGAACGAUCCUGAAAAUGUUGCAGUGCGACGUCUUCAGGUCUACUUCACACAACAGCAACAAGAAGCUCAGGCUGCAGGUCUAGGCCGACGAAUAGUGUUUCGGACGAGUGAUGUGUCUGAUCCCUUGGCUGGAAGCGGUCGUGGACUCACUAAACGCAAUCGACUCCUUCGACUUCGCGACCGAGAGUAUGCGUCUCAGCAUGGUACUAGCUUUUGCGAUGCAAUUACGAGUCACAGCAGUGCAAAAGUAGAGCCGCCGAGGUGGAUACCGCAGCACGCAGUCUUUGAUGAACCUUUGCCGUUGUUGGAGCACGAAUUGCUGGCUGACGAGCGGUUGCUUCGACUUCUACGACCUGAGUUAACAGUGUUCGAUCGUCGACUGCUAUCUGAAGAAGCUGAACGAGCUGACGCGUCUAUCGUCGAACGCCAUCGUGUACGACAGCUCCUGAAGCUACAAGACUUCCGUGAACGUGUUCGUCAAACGCAAAUUGUAUGUAAAUACAAUACGGACAGUAGCAACCAGGAAGCGCGAACAGGUCGCUCGAAGCCUCUGGCAGCUAUUGUUCAAGAGAAACCAUUGCCGCUAUUCCCAGGGACGCUGGAAUUUCCAGCAAUUGGAGCAUUAUUUGCUCCACGGAGACGCUUGCGACCACGCACUAGAGCACCGGCAUCAGCGUCUUCCUCACAGACAGCAGCACAUUGGCCUACUGCCUGCACGUUGUACGUACAAGUGCAGAAGGCAACAAACGUGCCGGUGAGGAUUAAACCCGCACGUGACGCGACUGAAGCCGAAGAAAUCGCGACAGGAAGACGACGACGUGACACAUUGAAUCGAACGAAGAAGAGUCCACGAAUGAUGACCAUGCCAUCUCCUAGUGACAACCAGAGUGAAGAAGUGGUAGAAACUCCACGCGGAGGCUUGACACUGGAAUACGAAAGCCACGUGUUCGUACAGGUUAGCUUCCAGGGGAAAACUCGGCAAACUACGUGUGCCACUGUAAUGGGAACUGUAAGCACAAGCGAUCACGGUGGUGGAGCGCAUCCGAUGUGGAUGGAGACUCUAGCUUUACCCUUUCGUCCUCCUCAAGAUGACUGGAGUCCUGACGGUAUCGAGAGCACACAAGACGUCAUCCGCUUCAGUAUCUUUGACCAGGUCACUCGUCCAGCUUCAACAGCAAUAAACGAAGACCAACAAGAAGGCGAGGAGCAUCUUGGAGCUCAAACGCGAGCUUUACAUCGGGAAAACUGUUUCCUCGGAAGUCUUGAAGUGCCGUUCCUUACUCUUUAUCGAGCAGGCCGUCUUGAAGGCUCACUGCGAUGUCAGAUGCCAAUUGAACAUUUGGGCUACGCUAACCUCCAGGUCGGUGCGACUAACGAAACCACAUCAAGCAUUGCAAAAAUGUCGUCAGGUCCGCCUUCUGUUGCAUCUUCAGAUGACGAAGAUGGUUCACCUCGACAACGCCGAAGUCGACUUAGCAGCUCAGCCCGAAGGCGAACGUUAAUGAGUCCCAGAAAUCCAACUAGCCUGGAAGCAAGUGGCAUCGAUGACGACGACUAUGGUGACCCAGAAGGGCUGGGUGUGAGGCAAGCUGCACGUGAAGCCUCUUUCUUGAAGCUCACGCUGCUGUUGGACCCAGCUCUUCCUUUAAGUAACCAGGCUUCUGAUCAUAAUGAAGGUGAAGCGUGGGCUUCUAGUUCAGGAAAUGCGCAAGACAAACUGCUUCUUGCUCAUGCGCAACGCUGGGUUACAAGUGUGAAGAAUGCCACUCCAGCAAGCGCAGCGCGUCGUCGAAACUACGAUGUUUUUGUCCGUAAUCUCAGCCAUGGAGCCACUUUCUUGCCUCGGUUCUUGCGAGCCCAAUCGCCUCCUGUAGAGCUGCAAUCCGCUUCUCUAUCUACGUUGGUGCGAUACGUGAGCUUGAUACCGUUCCUAGACGACUGGCUUGCGUUUGAUGGAGACAAGGACGUCUGGAGUACCGCACAGGAAUUUUUGAACAUGGGUGCAGGGGAUCACGAGGAACACGCCGUGUUACUGGCUAACUAUUUCAUGUGGUAUGAUCGUCACCGUCCGAAAGAGAACAAACGCAAGUCUUCGCGUACCUAUCUUGUUCUUGGACACGCCGUACCAGAAGGUAACAUUGUCUACGUACUUCGUCGAGGGGUUCUUUGGAAUGCCAGUACAGGAGUCGGAUACGCUGUUUCAGAUCCCCACUGUCCUCUUUGCGAUGUGUCACUUGUUGUAUCGAGUAAAAAUGUCUUUGCGAAUGUACAGCCGCUGAUGUUCGGACGAGGUACUGUAGCUGGCAGCAUUCACGAGCUCAAGUGGGAUAUCGAGAGCAACACAAAGUGCUGGACUCCUUUCUUCACUGCAAAGAAUAUCUCCCUGCCGCCUAGUGUCCAGCGUCGAGAGCUCGUGUACAACCAGACUCCACAUGAGUUCGUAUACCAAGUCGAACGAGAGCUGCGAGAGGUGCUGAAGCUGGCCGUUCGACGCUGGAGAAGUUCGCACUUCGCCACAAACUUUAACGAAGCUGCAGGUCUGCAAUUGCGAGAGCACUUGAUGGUGCUUGAGCGUGAAGCUAACGGUGACACCAGCAGCCAAGAUACGUCAACAACAGCAUUGACGGCAGAUAACAAUCCGAGUCCACGGUCGACCACGAAGCUGAAACAGAAGCUAAAGAUGAAACUUGCUUUGCCUUUGCGGAGAUCGCAUCCUAGUGGCACUGUACUGCGUGAGUUACAGCGUUCACGAGAAAUUUGCGGUCUUCCACUCCACGUUUCUUUUACUGACAUUCCUCGGGUGCUUGGACUCGUUGAGACCACGGUACAACAUUCACUACAACGAACGGCCGGGCGUUGA